AUGGGAAAUUGUCAAGCAAUUGAUGCUGCAACGCUAGUGAUACAACACCCAAGUGGAAAAAUAGAGAGGUUUUAUUCAUCUAUGAGUGCGAGUCAAGUUAUGAAAAUGAAUCCUGGUCAUUGUGUAGCGCUUCUUAUUUCUACCACAAUGUAUCCAAACAAGGACAUUCAAAAUUGUCCCGAAAACAAUAACGGUGCCAAAAUCAACAUGGACCCGGUUCGAUUAACUCGGAUUAAGCUUCUUAAACCGAACGAAACUCUGCUUCUUGGCCGCGUUUAUAGACUCAUCACAACUCAAGAGGUUAUGAAGGGUAUAAGAGAAAAGAAACAAGCAAAGAUGAGACAGAACAUGUCAGAAUCAGGUCAUAUGCCAGAUUUGGUGAAGGAGAAAAAACCAAUCAAGUUUGACACAAAAGACAACAAGGAAACGAAACACGAAAGAGCGCGAGGAAGGACAAGUUCAUCAAGUAAUAAUGCUGCGAGUGUUACAGUCACAGCUAAGACAAGAUUCUGGCAACCCACUUUACAAAGCAUCUCAGAGAUGGCCAGCUGA